GGACUUGAGUCGGGUCGUUCCUAAACCCUGCCUGGCUUUGGGCUCUGCCUCCGCGGGGCAAGCGGCGGCUGCAGCUCCCAAACUUGGUCGGCCUAGUAGUAAGGCUCCCCCCAUAAACCUUAAGUGUUAUUAAAGAAGAACAUUAUGGUCGGAGCCAAUGACAGCGACUCCGCCCGACUCCAUUUAAGCUUUCGUGGGAGGGAGCAAGUUAACUCGCUGAAGCAAUUGAAGAAAAGCGUGUCUAGGGUUUGUAAUAAUCUGUAUCGGCAGAAGCAAAGGAGCAUGUUCAAGUUCACUGGUAACUUGGUGGUGUUUAGAGACUUAACUGAAGACUCGCGCUGUUAUUAGUGUAAAUAGCCAUGAAUCAAACAGAUUUCAGAUUACUACAAGCUCCUUGUGUAGGAGUCUUUCGGGUAGAUAUAGCUAAGCUCUGAUUUAGUAAAGAAUGAGAGCAUCAAUAAGAUAGGUGUUGUAGGGAUCAGGACCUCAAAGAGGACCCUCGAGUUAUAGUGGAGAUCUCCAGGGUACUGUAGCAGAAGUCAGUGCUUGGGAAGUGUAAAUGAAAAAUACAUACCCACUGGGUGAAAAGCUGCCUCAAGGUAGUCAGUAGCAACUUCAGCGUGCUUAUGGAUGGCGCACACAAUUAAGUUUUUCUUGUGCUGUAGUCAAACCAUUAAUUUGAUGGUGGUGCCCUGGCAAAACCCUAGUAUAGUUAAAGCUGAAGAAUCUUUGUAAUGUACAUAAGCUGUCAGAAGCCCUGGAGGUGUCUUCAUCCAGCUGGAAACUAAAUUCUCUUUUGAUGAUGUUGGAUGAAAAUAAUCAUCUUAUUCAGUGUAUAAUGGACUAUCAGAACAAAGGAAAGACGUCUGAAUGCUCACAAUACCAGCAGAUGCUGCAUACAAACUUGGUUUACCUAGCCACUAUAGCUGACUCCAACCAGAACAUGCAGUCUCUACUACCAGCACCACCCACACAGAAUAUGCCUAUGGGUCCGGGAGGGAUGAGUCAGAGCGGCCCUCCCCCACCUCCGCGCUCGCACAACAUGUCUUCAGAUGGUAUGGUAGGUGGGGGCCCUCCUGCACCACACAUGCAGAACCAGAUGAACGGCCAGAUGCCUGGACCUAACCAUAUGCCUAUGCAAGGACCUGGACCUAACCAACUCAACAUGACGAACAGUUCCAUGAACAUGCCUUCAAGUAGCCAUGGGUCAAUGGGUGGCUAUAAUCACUCAGUGCCAUCCUCGCAGAGUAUGCCAGUGCAGAAUCAGAUGACUAUGAGCCAGGGACAGCCAAUGGGCAACUAUGGUCCCAGACCAAACAUGAACAUGCAACCAAACCAAGGUCCAAUGAUGCACCAGCAGCCUCCCUCCCAGCAAUACAACAUGCCACAAGCAGGUGGCCAGCAUUACCAGGGGCAGCAGCCACCUAUGGGAAUGAUGGGCCAAGUUAACCAAGGAAAUCACAUGAUGGGUCAGAGACAGAUUCCUCCAUACAGGCCGCCACAGCAAGGCCCACCACAGCAGUACUCAGGCCAGGAAGACUAUUAUGGGGACCAAUACAGUCAUGGUGGACAAGGUCCUCCAGAAGGCAUGAACCAGCAAUAUUACCCUGAUGGUCAUAAUGAUUACGGUUAUCAGCAACCGUCGUAUCCUGAACAAGGCUACGAUAGGCCUUAUGAGGAUUCCUCACAACAUUACUACGAAGGAGGAAACUCACAAUAUGGUCAGCAGCAAGAUGCAUAUCAAGGACCACCCCAACAGCAGGGUUAUCCACCACAACAGCAGCAAUAUCCAGGCCAACAGGGCUAUCCAGGACAACAGCAGGGUUAUGGCCCCUCCCAGAGUGGUCCAGGACCUCAGUAUCCCAAUUAUUCACAAGGACAAGGCCAGCAGUAUGGGGGAUACAGACCCACACAGCCUGGGCCACCACAGCCACCACAGCAGAGGCCUUAUGGAUAUGACCAGGGUCAGUAUGGGAAUUAUCAACAGUGAAAAAGUACUCACAUUCCAGUAGGCAAUAUCUAUUAGCAGCCAUAUUGUCUCCUCAGCACUGUGGACAUGUUCCUGAGAUGAGAACCUCCCAUUCCAUCUAGCUUUUGGAAAAAUCUUGUGGCUGUUUUAUGGUAUACAGUCUUUAUGGGUUAAUUGUUAAAGACUGUAGAUUCUCAGAAACUGAUUUCACAUCUCUACUCUAGAUGGCAAUAUUGGACAGAAAAUAUGUGACAUAACAAUUUGCAGUGAGUUGAGAACUGUAUGUCAAAUAGACUGUUACAGACUGAAAGGUGCGAACAGCUUUGUAUGUUUAUGAAGGUUAUGGGAAUUUAAUAUUUUUUCCACAGAUUUUUUUGUAGGGGGAAAGGGGAAAUGCACACUUUUUACAGCAGCAAUAUUUUGUAUAUUAUGUUUUUCAUGUGGUGAAUAUGCAAGACAGUACACUACUCGCUGGGCAGGAUAAGAAAUCUACUGUUAAAAAUGGGUAGGGGCAUGAUAAGUGCUUGAUUGUAUAAGUCUCGAAAUGGUGUACAAUAAAGAUAACAGUGAAAAAAGAUGGAGAGCAUCAUACAUCACUGAUAGGUCCAUGUACAAAGAAUGAGAAUCCCAGUUACCUAAAUGGGAACAUAAUUAAGGACAGUAUAAUAUAGUCUUGUGCAAAGAUUAAUUUUUUAAGCUUUCCAAUUUUUCUGAGUGAAGCAUUUUUGUAAAAAUUGUUUCUAACAUAGUUUGACAAUUUUCUGCAACAUUUUUUGGGUAACAAGAUAAACGUUUGGGUUUUAUUUCUCAAGUGUUUUGUCACAGCUUUGCAUAAGCAAGCUGUAAUCCCUCUUAAUAAUUGCAAUAACAAAGAAAAUGACAAGUGUUAAUUUUACUUGGCUUGAAUAUGCAAAGAACUUGAAAAAUAAUAUGGAGGUCAGGACUGUAUUGUAUAAGUGUAUUUUAACCUUUAGUUGAAUAAUUUCUAUGUAUCAAAAUAGCCUAGACGACUUUGUAAAACCUAUCUAAAUUUUCCUAAUUGGGAGUUAAUAUCUUUAGAAAGGGGGCAUUUUUUGUGUGUGUCCAUUUUUCUUAUUGGUUAACAUGAGACCAAGGGAUGUUUUAUGACAUCAAAUAUAAAACCUGUUGGUGAGGUAAAUGCCAAAUUUUGUUUUGAACUGCAUUAAAGCUUAUAGUGUUGCAUGUGAGAUAGAGGCAGCACCUUGAUAAUAGCAUAGUACACAAAAAAUUGUUUUUGAGACUGUCCUGCAACUGUAUAUCGGAUAAAUAAAUGGAUAUUCUUCUGUGCAGGAAUAUAUGCAUUCAGGAAUUCCUGGCAACUUUUAUAAAUGACAAAACUUAAAAUUAGCCCAGGAGUAAAAUGGUAUUUUUUUUUUUUUUCAGUUGGCGAUCAUGGGGGGGGGGGGGGGAGAAAAACAACUGGUGUUCAUAGUAAGUAUGACAUUAUACAUGCAAGACAAGAUUUUCAAUUUGUUCAUUUUUAAAGGGAAAACAAUUUUCUUAAAGUCAGUAGAAAAUACACAUCAAGGUUUGAACAGAUAUGGCAUGAGGAACAUUAUUAUGAAUGAAAUGCUUGUACGUUCUGUGCCAAUUUUCCACCACUGUGUACUUCAUUGCUAUUUAAAACUGUACUCCAUCAAUUCUAACGGAAGAAUAAAUUAUUUGUGAUUUUAA